AUGGACACUUUCGACCCCUCCCCCCGCGCCUCGAAGCGACGCCGAACAGGAACAUAUGCUACGAAAAGGCGGACGCUGGCCUCGUCUUCUGCGCAGUCCGUCCAAGAGAUACAAAGAGAGGCAAAGGCCGAUAAGUCUAAUGAAGGACCAAGAAGGGGUCCGAAACAGAACGCCCUGUCAAUUGAAGAUGAACAAGCCGGGGCCAGCAAAGAGGACACCGUUGAGCCAGAGGAUGAGGAGCAAGUUGCCGAGGACAAACCGCGAAGAAGCAGUGCUCGCAGGACGAAAGCAAUAGAUGCGAUUGCAGAGCCCAUGACAAAUGCGGCCACCAAUAGUCCAGCAGGAAACAAAAGAAUUGAUCAGGAUGCAAAGGAAGGCGCCGAAGAUCGGCGGCCUGACCUCCACGCGCCGGCCGCAGAUGAUGAACACAAGGAAGAGGAGAACAUGACUUCGACACGCCCACGAUCGAGCACACGUAUAAGACGACCCUCUCGAAGACUCGAAUUAGCUGCCGCAGAAUCACCAAUAAAAGCUUCUAAGCGACGGAAAAGAGGCGCCGAGGAAACCCAGGCCGAGUCCGUCUCGUCCAAACCAGUGCCUGUCGCCGCCUCGACCAGUAUCUUAUCACCGCAAACAAAAGGAAUUCUGACACCCUCACGGCACGAUCGGGGAGGCAGGUCCGGACCGCGGAAAUCAGUGGCUUUUGAAGGCACUGUGGACGACGAUCAGAGGCAGAUUGAAGAGCAACUCGGCUUCAAGGACAUAGCCCCGUCGAGCAAGAAGAAAUCCAAGCAUCUCGACGACAUUGAAGUGGCAAAGCCGGCAGGAGACCAGGGAGACCCACUUGAAGAUGCUCUCGAACAUGCAUAUUCACCUUCGGGAGAUGGAGACCCUGAAGACGACGGACCUUUCCUAGAAGAGUCUCUUAACCUGAAUGACAUUAUCUCAAGCUCCCAACUCUCAGACAUUCCUCCAUCUGGGAAUACCCCUACCCAUGUCGCCGAGGACGAAGAUCCACAUCUCACCGCCAUCAAAUUACAGAUCCUCUCUCGCAUCAUAGAUGAUACCUACAAUGACGCCCUCUCAUGCUCGCCUUCGCCCGUGCCCUCCCAUCUCCAGGCCCAACACACAGCCCUCCACGCUCUCCUAACUGCAACGAUCACGUCCGGCGAAUCCAACUCUCUCCUCCUUCUUGGUUCCCGCGGCUGCGGAAAGUCUCUCCUUAUCCGACACGCCCUGACGGACCUAAGAAAAACACACGGCGGCGAUUUCCACGUAGUCAAGCUAAACGGGUUCUUCCAGACUGAUGACAAACUGGCACUGAGGGAAAUAUGGCGCCAGCUUGGGAGAGAGAUGGCAGUGCCGGAGGAUGAAACGGGAGAGGUGAGCAGUUAUGCUGAUACGAUGGCGAGUCUGUUGAGUCUGUUGAGUCACCCGGAGGAGCUGGCCGCCGAUCCAGAUUCCGUGAUACUCGAUGACAGCAAGGGUGAAAGGAAUGUUGAAGCGGUGAACCAUGCUUCGAAAAGCGUCAUCUUCGUCCUGGAUGAAUUUGAUCUUUUCACCACCCACCCACGGCAAACAUUGCUCUACAAUCUCUUCGACAUCGCCCAAGCAAGGAAAGCCCCUAUAGCGGUGAUUGGCUGCUCCACGCGCAUGGAUGUCGUCGAAUGUUUGGAGAAAAGAGUCAAGAGUCGCUUCAGCCAUCGCUGGUUGCAUAUUCCUAGCGUGAAGAGUCUCGUUGCGUUGGAGGAAGUGGUGAGAGGCAUUUUGUGCUUGGCGGUUCAGGGAAAGCAGGCAUUGGGAGUCACAAAGGAGGACCUGGACUGGAGGCUGAAAUGGAAUGCGUAUAUCGAGACUCAAGUCCUCCCAGCGUCAACCACCCAAGCUCUUAUGAAGAAAAUCUUUUACAGCACGAAAUCCGUACCGGAGCUGCUAGCGGCAUUGUAUAUCCCGAUUGCUAGCCUAUCCAUUCCCGCAGAACAGGAAAUUGGUGUCGAUAACCGUGCCCAGUCCCACAACUCACCACCCAAUAUCGUCGACGCAACAAUCUCGCCGCCAUCGCUGCUGAAUAUCCUUUCGCAUCUGCCCAUCCUCCAUCUAUCCCUCCUCGUCUCUGCCGCGCGUCUCGAGACCAUCUACGACGCCACACCCACGAACUUCACCCUCGUCCACAAGCAGUAUACCGAGCUGCUCACCCGCUCCAAGCUUCAGCGCUCGUCGUCGUUCUCGUUCACGAAGGCCGGUGGACCCCUCACCGGCACAGGUCUAAGAUCAUGGAGCAAGGACACCGCAAGAGCCGCGUGGGAGGAUUUGGCACAGUGGCAGUUGAUCGUGCCGCAUUCGGGGAUGGUUAACGCUGGCGGUGCAGGAAAGCUGGGUGACGAAAGGCUAGGAGGCGAUGGCAUAACAACCAGAAUGUUCAGGGUGGAUGUGACUCUUGAUGAGAUUGCGUGGGUGAUCAAGAAAAAGUUUGGUGCCGCCAGCGCGGGUGAGACCUUGACCAAAUGGUGCAAAGAGGUAUAA